CUGAAAAGAAAAUGGCGACUGAUUGGUCGCGUAUAGUUGAAAUUCUUUCAGCUAUUUCUCAUGGUUCUCCUCACGAUGCAGUCCCAGAACUGUGCAGGAUUAUAUACAACAGAAAUUUAGAUAUAUUGAAUCCUGAAGAUGAAUUUGAGGAAUUCUUCUCAUCAUUGGUCGCUUUGUCAGCACAUUUCAUCGGCCUUAAUAUCUCUUUAUGCACAGAUUAUUUGCACCAUGCCACUGGUGCAUGUAAAGUCAUCCUUAAAUUUUGUUUGGCACGGAUUACAAAAGAAAGGGAUAAAUUAUUCUCAAAAAAAAAUCUUGUGUCUGUGAUCGAGGGCUUGUGUAAAGGCCACGGAUGCUUGGAUAGAACAGAAGUAUCAACAUUUAUGGCUAUUAUAAAAUUGGCGAAAUAUCCCAAGACUGAUGCAACAUUAACAGUUGAAGAAAAAACAUUUGAAUUUUAUGGCAAACUAACCAGACAAGGACUAUUGAACACUAAUCAACAUCUUGCAAGGCUUCCAUUUUCAAGACAUCAGAUGUUUGGUUUUGAAGAGGAUGAUAUAGAUGUGAAGACAUUUCUCUGUAAUGCGAAUGUUGCAACUCUGAGAGAAAUGCAAGGAGGGCAGGUCUUGCUAGAUCUUUGUGUGUCACUACCUAACAUAUCUCAGUUCAUGACCUUACGUGGAAUGACUGAUGCUAAACCUACAAUGAAAACCAUUGAUAAUUUAUCACUUGUAUCCAUGUUGAACUUCCAUGUAAACAGAGUGCAAGAGUUGGCUUCUGAAAUGAACUUAAUCAGCAGCAUUGCGUCAAUUCCAGUUAUGGAGCCUUUGAACAGUUAUCGUCUCAAUAAAAUCAUGCUGUUGACUUUGGGUUGUGUUGAUAUUGCUAUGUAUGCUGCCUCAGGAUAUUUCACCGCCACUGCUAUCGAAGAUGUUGAUGACAUGGCAAAACAACUUGUUGAUACCAGUUUAUCUGUAGUACAUGUGAUUUCCCACACAUUGUCCACAUCUCACCGAGCUGGUGGCCAUAUUGUUCAAAAUUUCAAUCUCUUGGUCAGUCAUUGCAUUCUAAAAGGUCUUAUGUCACUCUUAAAUGUCAGAGGUGUAAAUGAAGAAAGAGCCAGCGAGACGAGAUGGGAAGGUUUUAAUGUAUUGCGUAUGGAACUCAGUAAGAAAGUGAUUGGUAUUCUCUCUUCAUUAUUGGAAGACUUGAAAGUUGAGAGUAAUUAUGAUGAGUCUGGCAUUGAUACAACAGCAGAAGAAAUGAAUAUUGAAGUACAUGCAUCAGCUUGGUGUCGAGUAAAACUCUUGUUUGAUCAUCUUGAGCUUGUGCCGCUCCUCAUGAGAAUAUUUAUUCUUUCAUAUUACAAGGCUGAUUAUCUCGCUGAAACAAUCCUAACAUCAUCAAAGGGGGAUCAGUCAAAGUCAUCCAACCAUGAUGCUGAAACUAAGUCAAAUAACAGCAAUGAAGAUUCAAGUGAGGGUGAAACAUUGUUUGGUGGAUUGUUUGAUACACAAGGAAGUGAACAAGAAACAUCAGCACCAGAAAAUGAUCCAAAAUCAUGGAAAAACGAGGGGAAAAUGCCUGUUGCUGAAUCGUAUCUGGAAAUGUCGAAGAUUAUUCUUGUGUUCAUCAGUGACUAUAUGUUAAAUAACAUCAGUCCAAACCUGAUGUCCAACAUUCAACAGACCUUACCAGUCUUACAUCUGAAUGAUCUCGCAUACCUCGUGCAAGAAAUGGAUGGAGCUAAGACGCAUAUCGGCUCAUUAUCUACGUCGUAUUCCUUUAAUCAAUGCUUAGAUCGUUACUUGCAUAUUUUGUUAACUUUUGGUGUUCUUUCGUAUCAACAACAGGAAACCAUUCUAAAACAACUUGGUAUCUCGCCGCAAGUAUCUGAACAUUGGCCGUUAUACAUUGGUCCCCGCAGUUUAUCAAUCCUCGCGCGAGUACUGCUGGGAAGGCAAGAAAAUUGCCGAGAGAUGAGAGAUAAUCAGGAUGACGAAAGUUGUGUAAGAAUCUGGCAAAGAUUGAUCGAGACUCUACGAGAGAUGGCUUUUAACGAGAGACGAAGACCAGAUCUCAAUGUAGAACAUUUACAGUUACUUUUGUUAGUGUGGCAUAACUUUAGCAUGAAACAACGGGACAAGAUCUUGGUGCUGUGUAUAAAUGCUCUAUGCUCAAUCUCUCGUGAUCCCGAUCUGAGUGAUAAGGUUCCUUUGUUUUCUAUGAGAUUACUCAUGAUACUUGACUAUAUGCUUCAUCAAUAUAAUGAACCACCUCAAGAGUUGCUAACACAGGUGCAAUACAAUCUUUUCAAGACAAAGUUUAACUACAUGUCAAUGCUUCACAUGGAUGAUGACAUGAUGAACGAACCAAGAUUAUUAUUCUUUCCAACAGUUGAGCGGGAAAAUCACGAUUAUCACAGACCUACAGGAGACCCGUUAGGACACAUGUAUGAAAAGAGGACUCCUAGGUUCUAUGGUAUACGCUGUGGAGAUCAGAGUGAACUGCCUGACGAAGUGUUUAAACAUGUUCUAUCAAUUUUGGAGAAAGAGAGCAAUUCUUAUUCUCAUUUCCACGCAAGUCUAAUCAUGUUACUUAGUGCUGGCUCAAGAUGCGAUGUGUUAAAAAGACAAAAAUCAAAAUUUGUUAACCUAUCAGAUGCAAAGAUUGUUCGUUGUUUGUUUGGUUUGGGUUGGAGACUCGUUGCUUCAUUACCGCCGCCUGCCUCGUUUUUAUCCAGAAUGCAAAAGAAUGAGGAUGUAGAACUUAAGACCGUUGGAGAUUUUGUGACAGCUCUUGUAAGAUUAUUUUGGUCAACAAAAUUGUUUCAUUCUUACGAUCCCUCCGGCUCCGCUGUCCAGAAUACAGUGGAAGGACAUAGCAUGUCAACAGACGAUGCUGUACCGCUGAUGAUUGACAUCGUAACCGCAGCGACAAAUGACGUACAAACAGUAAAACAGGCUUCAACUUAUUUACAACAGAUUUUAGAUCAUUUCACUUAUCAUGGCGAAGUUUUGAGUUCUGAUCAACUUCCAAGUCUAUUAACUCUUAUAACGGUUGAUUGUAUACUCACGAGGAUAUCUUCUCUAGUCUCGAAUGCGAAGCUAGUUAUGACUGAAAGUCUUAAAGUGGAGAUUGGAAACUUUUUUUCCAUUGUGUUAAAACUUGUUAAAUAUUACCAAGGCUUUGCAAGAUUCAGUUUGUUGUCUCAUCACAAUUUUUCCAUCAAAGUUCGUGAUAAAGAUAUUGGAAUUUAUUCCAAAGUGGUUAGAAUAUCUUCAUCUGUUCUCGCCAAGAAUCCUACUUUAGCUGGUCCAGUUUUUAUGACAGGUUUCCCAAUUCCUCUUGAAGAAAUCAAACAGUGGAAUAAUCUUGGCUUUGUUGAUUUCAAUACUUUUGCUCCAUCAGAAGACAUCAUCAAUGAAAGCGCAUCAGACCCGACUCAAAUGAUCACUUCAUUACUGAGUUCACAUAUGAAAGUGAUGUCUUUCAUAUUUUCUUUUAAUCUUGACACUUCCAUUAGACAUGUCAUGAAAUCUCUCGUCCAACUCAGUGUUACUUUAUCGACGAAAUGUCCAAAGAAAGAAGGUUCAAUACAAGAGAUCUUCACCAAGGAAAUCUCGGACGCCAUAAUCCCUUUGAUUGUUGAUGCCUCAGCUGAAUAUCUGUAUGAUGAAACGGAAACUAUUUUGGAAAGUAUUUAUGGAUCUUUAGAUCACGAUGAAUGUUGGAACAGAGUUCAAGAUUACUUGCUGGAAAAUUGUUUUAAUUUGAUCAUUGAGCAUAGUCUGUCCCAAGAACCAAUUCUGGCUGAAGAUGUUUUUGUUGACUGCGAAAGAUUCGUCGAGUCAUUAUUAGAACGAGCUCAAGGAAGGCAAACAUUGAAAAAGUUUUUCGAAAAUAACGAUAAAUUUGUCCGUCUUGUGCUGUUGUCUGGAAAUCAGAAUUUUUCCUUAUCAUUUGUUUAUCGGAUGUUGAAACUUGUAUCCCGCACUCUCGAAACUUAUGAAAAACAGCCAAAUGAUCCGACAGUUCUUGCUCUAGUCCAGUCAAUAUCAAAGCUCAGUGAGGUCGACUCUUCCUUACUAACAACAUGGUUAAACAGAAUUAUUGUUGGAAGCGUCACUGAUAAAGAAAUGACAGGGAAAAUGGCGGAUAAUCGUUUAUUGCUUCAGUCAAUUAUCACCUUUCUUGUCAGGGAACAAAGCCCUGUAUGUGGCGCUGCGAUAGAGAAAUUGUUGGACUCCAUCAUUCCCCUGGGAUCAUUGCUGUUGAAUAUGGCUACAGAUGAAUCAGUUGUGAUCGGAUCAAAAUUUGUUGAUUUCUUAUCUAUUUCAUCAACUCUGGCUGGAUUUGGUGAUGGAAGUGGUCAUUUGAAAUUGAUGAGAGCCAUUGUAAUAUGGUUACAUGUUUGUAAAUCUGAUCUUAAUCCAAACUUGAUUGGCGAAAGUAAAGCAAAGGAUAACACAAACAGUUUGGUAGAGUGCACCAACGUCUUGCUGGCUCAUGUUGCUGACGUGCUUGUCGUGUUGAAACGAACAGAUGACGACGACAUGACUAGUGGUUGUCAUGGUGAUGAAAAUAUUGUGAGUGAUACAGAGUCAGAUGGUGUUGACGAUGAUGAUGACUCGGCAGCGGAGGAAUCUGAAGAGGAUGUUGAAGGCAAUCAACUCUGGAACAAAUUAUGCACAUUUACGACGACAAGAAAAGAGUUUGCGAACCAACACUGGUAUCAUUGUCAUACAUGUCGAAUGAAUGAUGGUGUAGGUGUCUGUACUAUCUGCGCUAAAGUAUGUCAUAAGAAUCACGAUGUGACGUAUGCUAAGUACGGGUCAUUCUUUUGUGAUUGUGGAGCUAAAGAAGAUGAUAGUUGUAAGGCAAUGAAAAAACGAAACCCACAUGACAUCUCAGACAUGGCAAGUCCUGAUGAGAAAAUAUCAACAGUCAGCAGCUAUCGUCGACAACUCCAGUUUCGUAGUGAAGUCAGGAACAGUAUGUCUGCAGAAUUGAAGACGGAGGAUGGUGAUAAAAGUGAAGAGAAAACAAGUUAUGAGUUUGGUCAACUUGCAUUCAGACGGGAUCUCAAGAAACAAAUUGAGCCAAACAAGAAAGAAUUGACUAAACUCAUCAAGGACAACGAUAUGUUCCCAAUACUUCUAACUUUACUCAAUACAUUGACACGUACCGGUAACCAUGGUAAUACUGUCGUGGGUGGUGCAAGGCAAAGAAUUUGUGAAGCAUUGGAAGAUCUACACUCGAGUGAAAAAACUGUUGAAAGUAACGAACAAUUACUGGUCCCAACAUCAGGUUCACAGGAAGGGGCGUUUGAAAAUGUUAAGUUGGUUUGCAGUGGUGAACAAGGUCAAGCUAUUCGACAGUUGAUUGGCAGCCAUGUUUUACGUCGUGUUGCAAUGUGUUGUUUAACAUCUGCCAAAGGCCGAAGACAGCAUUUGGCUGUUAAUCACGAGAAAGGAAAGAUAACAAUACUACAAUUAUCUUCACUUCUCAAGCAAGCUGAUUCAAGUCGGCGUAAACUAACUAUAACACGUCUAGCCACAACUCAGGUUCCUUUUACAAUCUUAUCACUCACUGGAAAUAUCUGUAAUGAAGAUUUUCUGGCCGUCGCUGGAUUAAAAGAUUGUCAUGUUUUGACAUUAAGUAGUAGUGGCUCUGUUGUUAACCAUCUUGUUCUACAUCCGCAAUUGGAGACUGGGAAUUUUAUUAUUAAGACCGUAUGGUUGCCUGGCUCACAGACCGAACUGGCAAUUGUGACAGCCGAUUUUAUUCAGAUCUAUGACCUGUCUGUGGAUGCUCUCAGUCCAGUUUUCUAUUUCGUGCUACCGGCUGGUAAGAUUCGUGACGUCACAUUUAUAUUCCAUUCCUCUCAACGUCACCUGUGCCUGAUGUCGUCAGAAGGACUGAUCUAUACACAGCAACUGAAUGAAUCAAGCUCAGCCAAAUCAGGCCCAUUCUACUUGACCAAUAUCGUACCAGUUGAACACCCAGAGUUAAAAGACAGCAAUGGUCAAAUUGCUGGUGGCGGAGUGUCAGUAUAUUAUUCACAUGGGUUACAGAUGCUUUUCUUCAGUUAUGUUCAAGGUAAAACAUUCGUUGCACCUUGGACUCAAAAUCUCUCCAGCAUUGAUAAAUUAUUCGCAAUCAACGUGAAACCAUCAAACGGCAACAAAACUGCCCCCGCCACUUUAUGUCAGUUCUCAGAAGUUCUUCAACAUCCGGGACUUGUGCUAUGUUUGACUCAUACAACUGGUGUACCAAUUGUUCUGAUGGUCCAACCGGAUAAUAUUUCAUUUCAAGAAAUCAAAUCAACGUCAUCUAAGUCCAAGAUUCAAGAUGUAGUUGCGAUACGACACAGUUUGUCCAACUCAGACCAGUCACGAACUACAGUCAUAUUACUAUGUGAAGAUGGCAGUCUUAAGAUCUACAUGGCUAGUCAAGAACAAGCCGGCUAUUGGAUGUCACGGGUUUUCCAACCGAUAAGUGCUGUGGCAGCUCUCAAACCAAUUAAGCCACGGAAAUCAAAGAAAAAUGUUCGAAUCAAGACAUCAAGCUCUCCUCAUUUCCCAAUUGAUUUCUUCGAACAUUGUCAAGUUUUAAACGAUGUCCAAUUUGGUGGUAAAGAUAUUUUGCAAGUUUACAAUGUUCAACAGGUUAAACACAGAUUAAUGACAGCGGGAAUGUAUAUUGCUUGUACCAAGUCCAACAGUUUCUCGAUGACUAUAACAAACUGCAAUCCAGCAGUUGUCAUGAUGGGCGUUCGUGUCUUAGUUGGUUGUCAAGCUAUUGAUAAAGCACCAACAUUUUUGGAAGUGUUUGGUCGUGUUAUCGACGUGGAAAUCAAAAGAAACAGGUGGUUUGAUGUCCCAUUCACAAGAGACGAAAUUCUAACUACUGAUAGAACGAUGACAAUCACAUUUGGUCAAUCUCACGAUGCAAGCAAUGUAACGAUGAUCGACUCAAUCAAAGUGUAUUGCAAAAGUAAAGAAGCUUUUGGUUGGCCGGAUGACCUGCAAGAUGAGGGGAUACCUCCACCUACUCCCACUCCCACCAGUGUUCCACCAGUUAGUCCGUUUACCCAGAACUCAGAAAUCCUAACAAAUACCGCUCCGCUAUCUUUAAGAGAGAUAAUGACAGCCAACUCACUGAGAGCAUUGGAUGGAUUUGUUUCCUUGGUACCGGCAGAUGAUGAAAAUGACUACCAAAAUAUAGUAACAACAGCAACCUCGCUAUUAUCGUCUCCAUUGCCACAGCAGGUUCAAGAUCAAGCCAAGAUAUUACUGUCUUCAUUACAUCCAACUAAGAUCACUUAUAACAACCAUAAGGACCACGCUCAGUUGACGUAUAUCGUAAACAGUCUUUAUAGGAAGAAAUCAUCGACUCAAGAUGAAAUUGAUUGUGAAGUUUUUGAAAGACUUGUUGUGAUGACUCGGGCUGUAGCUGUCAGCAGACCAGAAAAUUUAGUUAAGUUUACCAACGAAUUGACGGAUGAUCUUAUUAAAGCAGAGACGUCAGCGUCCCCUUCGCCUGGAUUUUUGUUACCUUUUCCGAUGCAGAUUAUUUCAACAUUUUGGAAAUUUUAUCAAACACAGCCUGGUAAUUCUUCAUUGGUCGCUGUGGCACAUGCAGGAAUGCAAUAUACAGAGAUGAUCAUAUUUGCUUUAGUUGAAAUACUUCAUGCAUUUAUUGCAACUGAUAGCUCUUAUGUCCCAAUGAUUACAGAGCUGUAUAUUGAUUUAUUGCUCUGCCAGGAUACACGUGUGAGCUUUGCCUGCAAGCAAGCUUUGACAUUCGUUCUGAGACCCAGCUCGCGUCGCACCACAACAAAUAUUGAGGGAGAUAAAAAUUUUGAAAACAACACAGCAGAGGCUUCUCAUGCAACGGGUGCUGAUCAAACUGAUAGUACACAACAGAACGAAGCAACUAGAGCUAGUGCUGAAGCUGGGGAACAACAGGGUACUGAACCUCGUGCUGGAAGUGCUGAAGUUGGCGAUGAAAGUGUAGAGCAUCCUGGUGAAGGUGCAGAGGAUGUUGAUGAAGACGAUGAAAGAAUUAAUAUUGCAUCACAUUGGGAGAUAAACCAAGAAGAGGACGUGCCUGUACCAGACCUACCAGAGCCUGGUCCCUCAGGGGGGCGAGGAGCAUCCUCAGCAGCCGGGAAUCGUCUGCAAGCGCUAUUGAAUGCGGGCUUUCCAGCAGUUUACGAACUCCCCCCUGAUGCAGACGAUGAAGCUAUGAUGGAGCUUGCAAUAGCAUUGAGUCUUCAAGAGCAAGGAGAAGAAGCAGCUUUAGGAUUACACCAUCUUUUAGGAGAGGCAAUUGAGAACGGGGCACCUGUGGACGAGGGAGAGGGAUCAUCUUCUUCAGCAUCAGGACAUGCCAGUGAAGACGAUUUGGAACCCAAUACUGGUUCAAUGGAUCUUGUUCAAAUACAAGCCGAAGCAGCAGCUCAACAGUCCAGUCAAGACUUAGGAUCAGUAAGUGAGGAAAGUGGUGAAUCUAUAAGUGGAGAAAAUGCUGGUGACGAACAAGACAGACAGGAGGAUGCAAUGGAAAGUGAAAGUGGGGUGAAAGCCGAAGAUCAGACGGAUCGUUUCAACAUGUCAAAAUAUGAUGACGAAGUUCGUGAAAAGUUGCACAACCUAAAUAUUGUUAUUCUGCGCACGUUUGUCAAUCAUUUUCAUAAACUUGCUGGUAUUAAUGGAGUUCAGGCGAUACCAUUCAUGCAGGUUCUGCUUAUGUUAUGCUUUGACCUGGAUAACACUGAUGAUGUCAGCAUUGAUCUCUUACACCAAGUAUUUUCAAAAUGUCUUCAAGAAUUACAUCUAGACUCAGCUGAUAUCUCAAAUAUAGCAACUCGUACCAGUUCCCGUGAAGUACAGCUCAUAAUAAUGAGGUUCUUGAGCGUCCUUAUGUCCAGAUCUAAAGCAACAGGGAAAUCAUCCAGCCAGCAAACAUCGUCGAUGUCGAACCAGGUCGCUACAUCUCUGUUUCAAAACAACAUCAUGGAUCACUGUCUUGCAAUAUUAAACCGUCUGAUGGAGCAUUGGCAAGCACGAGAGAAAUCUGUGGAUAAUGAAGAAAAUAUUGCUGCUCUUCUGAAACCACAACCUGGUCAUUCACCUCCUGAUAUGUCGCCUUUCUUUUUGAAACAAUAUGUCAAGAGUCAUGCUAGUGAUAUAUUUGAAGCGUAUCCCCUCCUCGUCACAGAGAUGGUGCUGCGUCUAACGUACCAAGUUAAGAAAAUCGCAGAUGGUUCCUCUGACGUGGAUACUGAAGAUUUACCUGAAGACUGGUUUACUUGUCUCUUUGAGUACAUGAUGAUUCAACAAUCCUCGUUCGUGAAAAUAAAGCGACAAGUUCGAAAGCUUCUUUUGUUCCUGUGUGGUUCAAAGGAGAAAUACAGAGAACAGAGAGACUCGCAUUCCUUUGGCGUUCAUUUCAGAGAUGUGAGACGUAUUUGCGAUGAAAGUGGUUAUAACGAAGAACAGCAAACACCAAUGAACAUUGAAUAUGAUACCUUGUUGGAUCUCAUUGAGCAUCUCAAGGCCGCUGCUGAUAUUGCCAGUAAUAGAACUAAGAACUGGCAAGCAUAUUGUUUAAAAAAUCAGAGUACUCUUUCCUUCCUUUUCAAAGUGAGUUUCAUUAUCAACGAAGGAGUCACCGCCACAAUAUUACAACUGCUUACUACAGCUUUGUGUGACGGUGAAAAUCAAAAAGACACAGAGAAUAAAACUUCUGGCAACACUCAUCAGCAAUUAGUUCAGCAGUUAACUGGAUCCGUUGAUAUUGAAGCAAUGCGUCAGUUCGUGCGCUGUUUCCUAUUACAGUCAAAUUCCACAAGCAUUCGAUGGCAAGCACACUCCCUACUUUACUCUAUUCACAGAAAUUCUGGGGUCUCACAACAAGAUAAUUUAUCUGAUAUGAUGUGGAGUGUUUGGCCUGAACUUCCUGCAUUUGGUCGUAAAGCUGCACAGUUCGUUGAUUUACUUGGAUACUUUACAAUCAAACGUUCUCUGUCUGAAGAGAAAACUGCCGAGUUUUCCGAGAAAGCUAUUGCCUUAUUGAAAAAGCAAAAUGAAAUACUACGAAAUCAUGCUAAUUCAAACGUGUACAGGUUACUGUCAGGUCUCGUCGACUUCGAUGGCUUCUAUUUAGAAAGUGAUCCUUGUUUGGUGUGUAAUAACCCCGAGGUGGCUUACAGUAAUAAUAAACUUUCCGCAAUAAAAGCCGAUGCAAGAUUCUCUACAACAUCUCAUAUGGUUAAGUUGGUUGGAAGUCAUAAGAUUUCUAAAGUUACUCUUCGAGUCAGUGAUGUCAAACGACAAAAAAUGGUGAAAACAAUCAACCUUUACUACAACAAUAAAUCAGUCCAAUCAGUGGUUGAACUUAAGAACAAGUCAGCUCUGUGGCAAAAAGCAAAGAAAUGUCACCUCAUCCAGGGACAAACUGAGGUUAAGAUCGAAUUUCCUCUGCCCAUUGUCGCUUGUAAUCUCAUGAUUGAAUACGCAGAUUUCUACGAGAACCUCCAAGCGUCAUCAGAAACACUUCAAUGUCCUCGCUGUAGUGCUCCAGUCCCUGCCAACCCUGGUGUCUGUGGAAAUUGUGGGGAGAAUGUAUAUCAGUGUCAUAAAUGCAGAUCAAUCAAUUACGACGAGAAAGAUCCAUUCCUCUGUAAUGCUUGUGGUUUCUGCAAGUACGCCAAGUUUGAUCUCAUGUUGACGGCUAAACCAUGUUGUGCUGUGGAUCCCAUUGAAAACGAAGAAGAUAGAAAGAAGGCUGUGUCAAGCAUCAACACUUUACUGGAUCGUGCUGAUAAAAUGUAUCGUCAGCUGGUGGCACAUCGACAACCAUUAGAUUCUUUAUUGAUGAAGAUUGCCGAGCAAGGAGAUAAUGACUUCAUUAAGAGUGAAAUAUCACAAGUAAGUACAAGCACAGCUUCAAGUCACUCAGGAAGUCAUGCUGUUAACAAGAGCAUCCAGGCUGUUGCUCAGAGAUAUUGUGUUGACUGCAAAGGAAAUUUUGAUGAAUUAAGCAAGAUUACCCAGAAAGUUCUUGCAUCUCGUAAAGAAUUGAUUGAAUAUGAUUCCCGUGUGAGAGAUCGAAUAACAAGCAAAGCAAUAUCAGGUGAAACUCUACCACCUCGACAAGCAAUGAAACAACUGUCAAUGGUAUCGGAUGCACAGUCGGUACCUGGGCGUUGUUAUGGAUGUUCCUCUGCGGCGACUGAACAUUGUGUUACAUUGUUAAAAGCACUGGCUAUGAAAACUUCUACACGAGAUAAGUUAAUUAAAGAGGGUUUGAUUGUUGAACUUGUCAACUUCACAUUAUACCAAGGAACAUCUUCAAUCAGAAACAACGUUCGAGAUUUGCUGUGUUUGUUAACAAGAAACAAUCCUGAUGCAGCUGACCAACUCAAUACUAUCUUGGUGAAUCGAGUUACUAAAGGAAUGAAUGAACAGAGUGUUAAUCCAUCUGUUUCUUCUUCUAUAAGUCGUGAUAUGCAGUUGUUGACCAAAACUGUCCAAUUAGAAGAUUCCUGUUGGGAACAAAGGCUACGAUGUGUGACUCAGAUAUUCUUGCUUUCUGUCCAACAUGUGAGUCCUAUAGUUGUCCAGGCAGUGACCUUACCUUGUCUCAAGAUUUUGUCACAGUUUGUUAAACCAAAACCUGCGACGACGAAAGCUAAUGUUAACAAAACCAUCAACGAAAUAGCUUCAGUGAAGACAAGAGCCGCGCCAAUUACAAAUAUGAAAGACUGGGUCAAAGCCCAACCUGAAGCAAGCUUUGAGGAGUGGAAACGUCGAACAGAGAAGCCUGGAGCGAGUGCUGUGGACAAGCGAGAGAUUAGUGAUGAUUCAGCGGAUGAUCUUAAUGAAGAAUGGCUUAGAAACGUCAUGUUCUCCCCAUCAUGUGGGGCACUAAGACAAGUUGCAUGUAGCAUUGUAGAGACAGUAUGUCAGAUCCCCGGGAGAAAACGUAAGAUUAUGGAUCUACUUACAAGCUAUUUACAAGGCGUUGGAGAGGCUGGAGAAAAUGCGACAGAAUUUUUCAACUUAUAUUUUGACUUAAUGAAAGAGUCGUCAUGGAAAGGUUAUCUUGCCUCAAGUGGAGCAUUGUUAGUUAUAAGAGAUCUUAUUACUAAGGAAAUUGAACAGCUGGCAUCUUUGGAAGAGACGACAUUAAGUUCAGAUUUGUCUCAAGGUUAUUCGCUAAAACGACUUACAGAACUCAUGGCGUCGUUUGUGGAGGAUAAAAAGAUCAAGCAGGAUUUCAAAUGCAAACUUGUUGGAGCAGUUUUGAAUGGUUAUCUUUCAUUACGCAGAUUGAUUGUGCAGAGAACAAAGUUGGUUGAUCAGAGCCAAGAAAUUUUGUUGACUCUUUUGGGCGAACUCACUUCAGGAACAGAAUCUGAGAGUAAAGAAUUCAUGGAAAUUUGCGUGAAAACAUUGAACAGAUACGAGUUGGAUGACUUGCGCACUCCUGUUUUUAUCUUUGAACGAUUAUGUAAUAUCAUUUAUCCUGAAGAGAAUGACACCAGUGAGUUUUUGUUGAUGCUUGAGAAAGAUCCACAACAAGAAGAUUUCCUCCAAGGACGUAUGCAGGGAAAUCCCUAUAGAUCUACUGAUACUGGAAUGGGUCCGUUAAUGAGAGAUGUUAAGAACAAGAUUUGUACAGACUGCGAUUUGAUUGCUCUUCUUGAAGAUGACACUGGCAUGGAGCUUCUGGUUAACUCUAAGAUAAUCAGUCUGGAUUUGCCAGUCAAAGAAGUGUAUAAGAAGAUCUGGUGUCCUCAGGGCGAGGGUGAGCCUAUGAAAGUUGUGUACCGAAUGAGAGGUCUACUGGGCGAUGCCACCGAAGAUAUUGUUGAACACCUGGACAAAAACAAUCAAAAAGGAAUUGAUAACGAAGUUGUUUAUAAAAUGGCUAAUGUAAUGAGCGAAUGUGGAGGUCUGGAAGCUAUCUUAAAGAGAUUGUCAGGAUUACGAGAUUUAGUCCGUGGACGUCAACUUUUAGAAGUCAUCUUGAAAUUAUUCGGCAUUUGUGUGAAAGUCAAGGCAAAUCGUGACUAUCUUGCGAAACCAUCGCUUAAAAGUUUGAAAAUAUUAUUGGACGUGUUGAACCAAAUCUUGCAUGUAGAGCAAGCUACGCCUAGUGGAAUUGGUACAAUGGCAGAACAAAUUUUGUCAAUCAUUGAAGCUUUGCUGCAAGGUGCUGGUGCAAACAUGAAAUUAAUGAUUGCUGCUGGGCAAGAAGAAGAUUCUCAGCUGGAAAUGUUACUAGAGAUUAUCAAAACACCUUAUGUGCGUUCAAAUAACAACGUUCUACUGUCAUUGAUGCAUAUCCUGCCGUUCUUAACAUUUGGGGAUAAGAAGAGUAUGAAUGCCUUGAUUGACCAUUUUGAACCCUUUCUAAAUUUUGAAAAGUUUGACAAAACGCAUUCGGAUGAUGAACUGUUGUUUUUGGAGUGUUUCUGUAACAUUGCUGAUGGUAUUGAGAAUGAUGAAAACGGCAACCAAUUAAAAAACAUCAUAAUUGAUAAAGGACUUGUACAGAAAGCCGUUCAUUAUCUUGAGCUUUACACUCCAUCUCAGGCUUUCAGCACAUCCAAUUUGAGUGACACAGACUUGUGGAAAGAAUUUCUUUCUCGACCUUCGUUACCUUUUAUUCUAAAAUUUCUCUCAGGAAUGUGUAAAGGUCACGAACGUUCUCAGCUGGUAGUGUCUGAAACAGCAGUGCCUACAAUACACCGCCUGGAACAGGUUUCAUCUGAAGAAAAAGUUGGUUCCUUGGCUGAGAAUCUCAUGGAAGCUUUAAAAGACCACCCCGAGGCUAAAACGAAAGUGACCGCAGUCCGUCGUGAAACAAGACUAGAGAAGAAAAAGUUAGCUAUGGCUAUGAGACAGAAACAACUUGGAGCUCUCGGAAUGAGUGCAACUGAAAGUGGAAAAAUAAUAACCAAACCGUCAGCCGUCCUUCAAGGAUUUGAAGAAAUAUCCAAUGAAACUGGUUUGACCUGUUGUAUUUGCCGCGAAGGUUAUAAAUAUCAUCCUAAUAAGGUUCUUGGUAUUUACACGUACACUAAACGUUGCAUUUUGGAUAAUUUUGAAUUAAAACAGCGGAAGACACAAGGCUACAGUACUGUCAGUCAUUUCAAUAUUGUCCAUUAUGAAUGUCAUGUUGCCGCAAUCAGACUAGCACGUGGUCGUGAUGAAUGGCAAAGUGCAGCAUUACAGAAUUCUAACACAAAGUGCAACGGUCUGUUACCAAUCUGGGGACCGCAGGUUCCUGAGUCGUCAUUUGCAAGCUGCUUAGCAAGGCACAAUAAUUACAUCCAAGAAGCGACAAGUCACAUCGAGCCAACAUUUCACAACACUGUUCAUGAUUUACGACUUUUGUUGGAGAGAUUUGCGUUUGAGAAAUCUUUUAACGAAGAUUCUGGUGGUGGAGGCAGGCAAAGUAACUUCAAUAUCAUCCCUUAUAUGGUCCACAUGGCCUUAUAUGUCAUGAACACUGCUCGUAUACGGAGUCUGGAGAAAUCCGUCACAACGUUUAUUGAAGAGCCUCAUGCAAACUGGAUUCAGUCAUCAUUUGAAGUAAUCGCCCAUUUUCAUUUGUUUCUUAUUUGUAAUCCACUUUGUUGA